GCCACUUACUCUCUCUCACUAUCAGUGAUAAUGUGUUUAUGGCUACAUGCAUAUAAGAGAUGGAUCUAUGAAAAUUCAACCAAGUGAACAAACCACUCUUCUGAGUUUGGAAAUCAAUCAAUGUUAACUCUCAAUAUCUUCGUCUUUCUUCUUCUCUUAUCUUCAUCAAAAGCAUUCUCUUGCAAUCAAAUUGACCAUAAUUCCCUUGUAUCAUUCUACCACCACAUCUCUUCUUCUUCUUCUUCUCCUCCUUCUCCUCUCAACUGGUCAUCAUCCAUUCCCUGUUGCCAAUGGGAAGGUGUAGCUUGUCGAAGCCAUGAUCAUCGUGUUAUCCGCUUGUCCUUACCUGGUCGGGCUCUGUCAGGAACCCUUACUCCCUUUCUUGCAAACCUUUCCUUCCUUUCUCACUUAAAUCUCUCCCGUAAUCAUCUCUCGGGCCUUUUCCCUCUCACUCUCUUUCACUCCUUGAAUCGUCUCAAAACUCUUGACUUGAGUUUCAAUAGUUUUUCGGGUCUACUCCAGCCGCCCGAAUCAUCAGGUAGCUUCUCGCCCGUUUCCAUCCAGACUUUGGAUCUAUCCAGCAAUCGCUUUAUUGGGACCUUAGAUCCUUUGUUUCUUCGCCGGGCCAAGAAUUUGAUCAGCUUCAAUGUCAGCAACAACAGCUUUUCGGGUCCCAUUCCUUCUUCUAUCUGCAGAAGCUCCCCCUUUCUCCGAGUCUUGGAUUUCUCCAUGAAUCAGUUCAGUGGCGGUAUAUUUGAUGGGCUCGGUGGAUGUUCUCAGUUACAGAUUUUCCGGGCAGGUAGCAAUUAUCUCUCAGGGUGGCUGCCGAACGAUCUUUUUGGUGUGAGAACAUUGAAGGAAAUUUCUCUGCCUAACAAUCGCUUUUCCGGGCCCAUCAAUAAUAGCAUUGUCCAUCUUUCCAGCCUCAAAGUUCUUGAGCUCCAUGUGAAUGAAUUGAGUGGUCCGCUGCCGACGGAUAUCGGAUCACUCUCCAAUUUGGAGCAACUUCAGUUGCACACCAAUAGCCUCAGUGGCACUCUGCCUCCUUCAUUGAUGGACUGCAUCAAUUUGAAAACUCUGCUCUUGAAAAACAAUCAUUUUGGUGGACAGCUUUCCAGUCUUGAUUUCUCGAAACUCCAGAAAUUGCAAACCAUUGAUUUAGGGAACAAUAGCUUUGUGGGAAGAAUCCCGGAUAGCCUGUGCUUGUGCAGGUCAGUGACUGCUAUCCGAUUGGCAAUCAACGCUCUGGUGGGCGAAAUCCCUCCUUGCAUGGCUUCACUAAGAUCUCUAACACCCCUCUCAGUAGCCACUAAUAACCUGUCUAAUGUUGUUGGAGCUCUGAAUACUCUUAGUUAUUGUGAUAAUUUAAAAGUUUUGUUACUGACGGGGGGCUUCCAUGAUGAAACCUCUCUUGAUGAUAACGACCUAUGGCGUCGAAAUGGCUUCCAGAAUCUGCAAAUUCUGUCUCUGGAAGGAUGCAAUCUCACAGGCCAAAUCCCUUCCUGGAUUGCAAAAUUGAAGAACCUCAGAGGCCUGGACCUGGCCGACAACAGAAUUUCAGGACCGAUUCCAACUUGGUUAGGAGAAAUGCCAGACCUGUUUGCCGUCAACCUCACCAAGAAUUUACUGUCUGGGAACCUUCCACGUGAAAUUUGUGGGUUGCCGGCUCUUACCACAGAUAAAACCCGUCAAGACUUGAGUUACUUAGCUCUGCCGUUUAUAGUGAACAAACAAGAAUACAAUCGUCUGUUUAACUUGCCAGGAGGACUGGUAGUUGGGAAAAACAAUCUGAGUGGCAGCAUCCCCAGUGAAAUUGGCCAGCUGAAACAUGUCCAGUAUUUGGACCUCAGCAACAACAACUUCAUCGGCAGCAUUCCUGACACACUGUCCCAUCUCGUCAAUUUGAUGAACUUGGAUAUGUCGGGGAACCAUCUAUCUGGCCAGAUCCCUCCAUCACUAACGGGGCUUCAUUUCUUGUCGUCAUUUAGCGUGGCGGAUAAUGAUCUUGAAGGAGCAAUUCCCAGUGGGGGGCAGUUUGAAACCUUUCCUGCCGCUUCAUUUGAAGGGAAUCCCAAGCUUUGCGGCAAUGUGUUGAAAAGAAAAUGUGGGGUCGUCAAACAAGUUGAGGUGGAACAGCCUGAACCUGAGCCUGAGAGUUCAUUGUUUAAUAUUUUAUCUUUCGGGUUGGGAUACAUGGCAGGACUGGUUGCCAUCACCAUCGCUGUGUUGUUCCGUAAUUCCUGAUUAAGUUUUAGUUUUAAACACUAAUUACGUAGGGACAGUCUCUAUAAUAUGUUAUUCAUCCAUUGGACUCAGGUCAUAAUAGUGUGUUAUCUUCCAUAGCAAAGCAUGAUUAUAUGAUUUAAUUUUCA